ACAAAUCUCACAAAUUUCUUUCCCAGACGUUUGCGAAUUCGCUUUUCUCAGCAAGCGUUUCUCGGAGUUAGAUUUAUGUAAGAGGGAAUCUGCAGUGCGCCGUAUUGCACACACACGCGACCCGACUUUCUCAUCUUUGGGUAAUUAGUCAGUUUGGAUUAGCGUUCGAGACGUUGGAUAACUGGAAAAUGCAUAUACGACGUUAAUCGACUACGGCGGAUCUGAUAUUCUCAUUUAUAAACCGUUAUUUAUCCGGCGGCGUCAAUGGAGGAACCUCUGCCGGAGGCAGUCACUCUUCCGAACAUGAACUUGGAUGCGGGACCGGGGCAGACGUGCGCUACCUCCUCCUACAGCUACGGAAUGGGACGGUUUUUUCAAAGACCCAGUGCGUUCGAUUGCAUGCAGGGGCCGACGUCGGCGACGGGUGUUUCCGGUUUAGGGGCCGGCCCCUAUUCGUACCCGUCAUACCACCACAAUGACUGGGGACUGAUGCACGGGCAUUAUUCGCACGGAUUUAACCUGAAUAGACCAAUCGGAAUUAAUAACCUUAACAAUUUAAGCACCAGUCAUACAUCUUCCGGAUUUCUUAACAAUUUGAACAGUUUUUCUAUGCAAAGUAAUGCGCAUGCUCGGGAUUACAGUGGCGCGUUCUCGGCGAUAGGGAGUAACGCGGCGACGUCGGCGUUUUCGAACGCGGGUCACGUGACGUCCCAAGGGGCCGCCACUUCCGGUUUGGGGUCCCUCUGCAACUCGGAAGUGUACCGUGGUCAGUGCCCCUCGCCCGAUUGUCAGAGUCAGGACUCUACCGGAAGCGAGUCGCCAUGUUUGACAACGAUGGACCCAGUGGAUAAAUUGGAUAACAAAAAUAAAGACCCCUACAAACUCGACCUGUCGGUGAAGCCCCGGAAGGAACGAACGGCGUUCACGAAGCAUCAGAUCCGGGAGCUGGAAAAGGAGUUCAACCUCCACAACUACCUCACUCGCCUGCGCAGAUACGAGAUCGCCGUAGCGCUGGACCUCACCGAGCGACAGGUCAAGGUGUGGUUCCAGAACAGACGGAUGAAAUGGAAACGGGUCAAGGGCACAAAACUCGCCAAGGACAAAGUGGAUGGUCACGUGAAGCCCAUCAUGGCCCCAAACGUCUCGUCCACAGACUCAAGUGAUGACGUCAUAAAUGACGUCAUGCCCGACUCCUGACGUCACGACGUUUGUGUUAUAAGACAUGGGAUUCAAGCGUAGUUUGUUACUAGUAAGAAUGUGACUUCAACAUCGUCAUGUAAGCUUCCUGACGGUAUGAUGACGUCAUUUGAAAACAAAAACACCAUCACACGCCAUAUGAAGAAAGAAUCAAUGUUUGAUGGUUAAGUCAGCAAUGCGUCAUGCAAGUUUACUGAAGCCAUGAUGUUUAAACAAUCUACGGUAUCGGAACAUAACUCUUAAAGUUGUAUGGAAACACAAUCGAAUUUUUAACAUAGUCGUUUCCGCAACAAGUUGCAUUUUCAAAUCAUAGCAAGUGAACUCAUUCAAAAUGUUAUGCCAUGACGUCAAUACGUCUUUAUUGGAUGUGGAUUUUUAACAUAGUUCUUUAAAAGUUGCGUUGAGUGAAGAGGAAUGUCUGUUUCAAAAAGACAGUGUAACAAAAGUGUAAAGUAAUAAAUAACGCUUUUUCAGAUUCCUUACUUUAUGACGUCUUAAUUAAGUCAAUUCAUUUUCACAAGGAUGGUUACAUGAUCAAAAACGUCAUAUCCGAUUCUAUGACGUCUUCACGUGAUAAGGAAUCUGAAAAUUGUUCAAAAUAAGCGAAGAAAGAAUCGGGCUCUCAUAAUAUCUGGGGCAGGAUCAAUAGGGUUCACAGGGGUAGACAAAAUGUAAACACGCCGUUAAGAACUUUAUUUUUGCAAAUAUCUCAAGUUAUUGAAAUCCAUUUUGCAAAUAUCUCAAGUUAUUGAAAUACAUUUGCUAAAAUCUUUAGUGCAUGACAGACAGUUUUUCAGUUUGUGUCGAUAUAAUAAGAUUUAAGGAUAAAUCUUUGAAAACGUUUGAACUCGGUGCCAAAAUUUUAAAGUAAUUCUGAUGUAUUUCGCAUUGACAUAAGCAGCAUAAAAAUCUGUCUUUUAUGCACUAAUUGAAAUUCUUGAGAAAACUUGUUUUAAAAAGUUAUUUGAAAUAAAGGCACCACUAACCGGUGUGUUUACAUCCGUAACGUUUAAUUGUGAACCACACACAGUCACGUGAUCCUUCACUCUGAAUAUGCAAACACGGAACAUCUGUAGGAUGUCUAGAUCAUAAUUAACGUCAUGUUAGAUGCAUGACGUCAACCUUUAUUCAUUACCAUUACGUAAUUGAGUGUGUCAAAUGAUGCGUUAAUUUAAGGAUUUUCAAGUACAGUUUUAAGAACAGUGUAAUUUACUGUUUAACGUAAACUUAUUUAUGAAUCAUGCUUUUCGAGUAUUGUAAGAAUAUUGAUAAAAAUAUGUGCUACUAUGCAUACUUUU